AUGUCAUCCUCCAUGGCAGCCCGCCUCAAGGGAAAGACGAUCCUCAUAACAGGAGCCUCUUCGGGCAUUGGCCGUUCCUGCGCUUUCGAGUUCGCGAAGACGAGCCCCGAAGACCUCAAGCUCAUCCUCACAGCACGUCGCAUCGACACCUUGAACGAGGUAGCGGCGGAGAUAGCCAAAGUGGCACCGGGCGUCAAGGUGCACCCUGUGAAGCUUGAUGUCUCGAAACCAGAGGAGGUCAGUUCGUUGGUCGAGAGUCUGCCGCAGGAGUUCAGAGCUGUUGAUAUCCUGGUCAACAAUGCAGGCCUCGUCAAAGGCAUGGACCAAGCCCCCAACAUCAAAGCCGAAGACAUCGACAUCAUGUUCUCCACCAACGUCACCGGCCUAAUCAACAUGACUCAAGCCAUUCUCCCCAUCUUCAAGGCCCGUUCCGACGGCGGCCGCGGCGACAUCAUCAACAUUGGCUCCAUUGCCGGUCGCGAACCCUACCAGGGCGGAUCGAUAUACUGCGCAACCAAGGCGGCAGUACGAUCCUUCACGGAUGCUCUGCGCCGCGAGCUCAUCUCGACGCGGAUACGGGUGAUAGAGAUUGAUCCGGGGCAGGUCGAGACGGAGUUCAGCAUUGUGCGGUUCUACGGGGAUAAGGAGAAGGCGAAGAAGGUGUAUGAGGGUGUGGAGCCCCUGACGCCCGACGAUAUCGCUGAGAUAGUAGUGUUCGCCGCGGGAAGGAGGGAGAAUGUGGUUAUUGCGGAUACGUUGGUAUUUCCUAAUCACCAGGUACGUCAUCAUCCCUCUUCGACUCCUGCAGAGAGGUUAGGGCAGCGCUGACUCCCCUGCUAAAGGCUGCAGCAACGGUUAUGCACAGGAAGUCAUGAUCAGCAAGCCAUGGAACUGACAGUGUAUAUACAGGCCGGGGCCGGAGGAGGCGCCCUGUAUCGGAAGCCCCCUGGGUAUAAGCUAUAGGACGCAUGUGCAUAUGUCAAGACGUUUUGCAGUUAGACACGAAGUCAGCAUCCGCAUCAUACAAGACAAGACUCGUAAUGAAUAGAUCGCGUUCCAUUCAUGUCAUCUUAAACCAUCCAUUGAUAUAUC